AUGUCUGCGGAAGAAAAGGCUGUUUUCAGGUCUGACUCUCUUGAGGAAGUGAUAAUAAGUAUGAAGAGUGAAGAGGAAUUCUUUCUCUCUCCUUUUGCCAGAAGAGCAGAGCCAGAAAUGGAUGACUGCCUAGAGAUGCUGAAAGAUGAGGAGGAAGCCCUGUGGGAGAAUGUAGAGUGCAAUCGGCACAUGCUGAGCCGGUACAUCAAUCCAGCCAAGUUGACCCCGUAUCUGCGUCAGUGUAAAGUCAUCGACGAGCAAGAUGAGGAUGAGGUGCUCAACUCGCAUAUGCUGCUCUCCAAAAUUAACCGAGCAGGCCGACUGCUGGACAUCCUUCAUACCAAGGGUCAAAGGGGCUAUGUAGUUUUCUUAGAGAGCCUGGAGUUUUACUAUCCUGAACUCUACAAACUGGUGACGGGGAAGGAGCCCACACGGAGAUUUUCUACCAUUGUCGUGGAGGAGGGACAUGAGGGUCUCACCCAUUUCCUAAUGAAUGAAAUCAUUAAGCUACAGCAGCAGGUGAAGACAAAGGAUGUGCAGCGCUGUGAACUCUUGGCCAAGUCCCGCCAGCUGGAGGAUGACAGGAAGCAGCUGAAAUUGAACAAUAUAGAGUUGCUGACCUUCCAGGAGAGAUACAACAAGAUGAAGGAGGAAAGGAACAACUACAACGACGAGCUGAUCAAGGUGAAGGAUGAGAACUACAACCUGGCCAUGAGAUACGCCCAGCUGAGCGAAGAGAAGAACAUGGCUGUGAUGAGGAGCCGGGACCUCCAGCUCGAGAUUGACCAGCUGAAGCAUCGGUUGAAUAAGAUGGAGGAGGAAUGCAAGCUGGAGAGGAACCAGUCACUGAAGCUGAAGAAUGACAUUGAAAACCGACCCAAGAAGGAACAGGUUCUGGAAUUGGAGCGGGAGAAUGAGAUCAUGAAGACCAAAAUCCAAGAGUUACAAUCUAUCAUUCAGGCUGGCAAACGUAGCUUGCCAGAUUCGGACAAAGCCAUCUUGGAUAUCUUGGAGCAUGACCGUAAGGAGGCGCUAGAGGACCGCCAGGAGCUGGUCAACAAGAUUUUUUAUCUCCAGGAGGAGAUCCGUCAUGUGGAGGAUCUGAGAGACAAGUAUCUUGAGGAGAAAGAAGACCUGGAAUUAAAGUGCUCAACUCUGGGGAAAGACUGUGAGAUGUACAAGCACCGUAUGACCACUGUGAUGAUACAGCUCGAGGAGGUGGAGAAGGAGCGAGACCAGGCAUUUCGUUCCCGAGAUGAGGCACAGACCCAGUACUCACAGUGCCUGAUUGAGAAGGACAAGUACAGAAAGCAGAUCCGGGAGCUGGAGGAGAAGAACGAUGAACUUCGGAUCGAGGCAGUCCGGAAGGAGGCUUGCAUUGUUAACCUGGAGUGCAAACUCCGACGACUCUCUAAGGAGAACUGUCAUGACCAGAGUUUACCAAGGAAUCUGCCGGUUACCAUUAUUUCCCAGACCUUUGGUGCUCCUGGCCCCAAAGCCAAUGGUCAGGAAGCAGAUGACUCCUCCACCUCUGAAGAGUCAGCAGAAGACAAUAAAUUCUUCCUCCUUGAUCAGUCUCGACUUAAGAGAAGAAUGAACCUGAAGGGAAUCCAGCUACCACGAGCUAAAUCCCCCAUCAAUACAAGCAAAGCAUCAGAUUUUCAAGCAGUCAGAGCACAGGAUGAAGAUGGGGCUGAUGCCAGCAGCAGCCGCACAGACACCAGUUCCUCCAAUCCUGUUUCCAUCAAUAACUCAGUCAGCAGCUGUGAAGUUGGCAAAAUUCAAACCCUGAGAAAUCGCAACCACAGUAUCAUGUCCACCACUCCAGAACCUCCAGGAAAUGACUCAAUAGUCCGACGGUGCAAAGAAGACGCUCCUCAUUGCAGCCUGGCUGAGGAGGACAAUGACAGCUUUUGCUAUGAUACUUUGGAACUAGAUGAUGAGAGUCAUGACAGAUACUCGCAUGGAGCUCCCUCAGUGCAUUCCUCCUCUUCCUCUCACCAGUCUGAAGGCAUGGAAGCCUAUGACCUUGAGCACGUCAGCUCCAUUUUUAGGAAGUUCUCUCUGGAAAGACCUUUCCGUCCUUCUGUGACGUCUGUUGGUCGCAUUAAGAACUCCUGCCACACUAUCCAGCGCAUCACACUGAAUGGAGACAGCCUCAACUCAGAAAUCACUCUGCUGGGGGGGAAUGACAAAGGAAGCUUCAUCAGCUCUGUCAAGCUGGGAUCCCAAGCAGAGAAAGCAGGCCUCCGGGAGGGACAUCAGCUGCUUCUGCUGGAAGGCUGCAUCAAAGGGGAAAAUCAGAGUGUUCCCUUGGAUACCUGCACAAAGGAAGAAGCUCACUGGACAAUUCAGAGGUGCAGUGGACCGGUAACACUCCAGUAUAAACCAAACCAUGAAGGUUACAGGAAACUGCUGUCGGAACUGGAUGAAGGAUUGAUCACGUCAGGGGACUCAUUUCACAUCCGCCUGAAUCUGAACAUCUCUAGCCAGCUGGACUGCUGCUCCCUGUCAGUGAAGUGUGAUGAGAUUGUGCAUAUUCUUGACACCAUGUACCAGGGGAAGUGUGAGUGGCUGUGUGCCAGAGUUGACCCUUUCACUGACAGGAACCUGGAAACGGGGACCAUCCCCAGCUACAGCAGAGCCCAGCAGCUCUUUCUGGUGAAGCUACAGCGGUUGAUGCACAGAGGCAGCAGGGAUGAGACGGAAAGUUCAUCCAACACUCUUCGAGCACUCCGGAAUACACUGCAGCCAGAGGACGCACAGAAUGACCCCAAAGCCAGCCCUCGCCUCUCCCGCGCAAGCUUCCUUUUGGGACAAAUUAUACAGUUUGUUAGCAGGUCUGAAAACAAAUACAAACGUAUGAACAGCAAUGAGCGAGUCCGCAUUGUCACUGGCUAUUCCUCCAGUCUGGCCCGGACCUCUUCUGAAGCAAUGAAGCUGUUGCCUGAUAAAUUGGAAGAUUUGGAUUCAGAAAGUGAAAUCAAUAAGAGCCUAAGUCUGAUCCCCUAUAGUUUGGUGCGACCAAUCCACUGUGACCGCAGGCGCCCGGUCCUCUUCACUCCCACUAUGCUUGCAAAGACCUUGGUGCAGAAGCUUCUCAAUUCUGGAGGUGCCUUGGAAUUCAACAUGUGCAAGCCAGAUAUUGUAACAAAGGAAGAGUUCCUAAGGAAGCAAAGGACAGAGACUAUCAUCUUUUCCAGAGAGAAGAAUUCAAACACCUAUGAAUGCAUUGUACCUGCCAAUAUUGAGGCCGUCACUGCCAAGAAUAAGCAUUGUCUGCUGGAAGCUGGAAUAAGCUGCACAAAGGAUUUAAUCAAAGCCAAGAUAUAUCCCAUUAUUCUCUUUAUCAGAGUCUCAGAGAAAAACAUCAAGAGGUUCAGGAAGCUGUUGCCAAAGCCAGAGACUGAGGAGGAGUUCCUACGCAUGUGUCGCCAGAAGGAGAAAGAACUGGAGGCACUACCGUGCCUUUAUGCCCCCCUAGAGGCAGACAUGUGGAGCAGUAUUGAGGAUCUCAUCCGAAUAAUCAAGGAGAAGAUUGGGGAAGAGCAGCGUAAAACCAUCUGGAUAGACGAAGAUCAGCUAUAA